AUGUCAUUACUGUCCGUACCAACUGAACUGUUGGAGUUGAUUUUAGAACAUUUGGACCGCCAAAGUGAUAUUAAUGCGCUUGUUCAAACCUGUCACCACUUUUAUGACAAUUUUAAUGGAGCCUUGUAUCGCCUGAAUGUAAAACUUUUCAGCCGUUCAGCAUUACUAUGGGCUGCACGAUUUGGACAUGAAGGCACUGCUGCAAAGUCACUCAAGGAAAGGCCAUUUGUUGAAAUCUAUGAUGAGAACGGGUUAACUCCGCUGCUCCUGGCUAUAAACUCUAACUGCGAGAGUAUUUUCCGCCGGCUACUCAUGCUGACGGGGCUUGAUCUCGAGGCUAAAGGUUGGGUUCGCCGGACACCCUUGGCUACUGCAGCUUCGCUCGGACGUCAAGAAAUGGUUAAGCUGCUCCUUGAGAAGGGUGCCGACCUUGAAAGCCGGGACCAAGAUUGCCAAACCCCCUUAAUCUUGGCAGCAGUGGAUGGCCAUGAAGAAAUUGUGAAACUAUUACUUGAUAAUGGCGCCUCUCUCGAGUGCAAGGAUAUACUCGGUCAAACGGCAGUUUCAUGGGCUGCUGAGCGUGGCCAUGCAAAGACUGUUGAACUGUUGCUGGUAAAGGGCGCGGUUCCAGAUUCUUCAGAUAAUUAUGGCCGGACUCCGUUAUCAUUUGCUGCAAAAAAUGGGCAUGAUACAGUGGCAAAGCUGUUACUCGAAGCGGGGGCUGACCCUAAUUCCAAGACUAUGGAUGGGAACACUCCACUGAUUUACGCAGCUAUGUAUUCAAGAGAAGCUGUGGCUGUGAUUAGGCUACUGCUUGAGGCAGGAAGCGAUCCAACAAUCAUGAACAAUGGCGGCCUUACUGCAGUCCUUUUGGCCAGUACAGAUUGGGGAACUAAAGAUCCGAACAUUGUUGUGGUUAAUCUAUUACUUCAGGAGACCACUAGAUGGAUGCGUGCUCGGGCAGCCUACUACAACUGUAGCUGGUGA